AUGUCCUCCCACGCCUCUCUCAGCGCCGCUGCCGACGAGCGCAAAGCACGUCUCGCCAAGCUCAAAUCGCUCAAACGCAAGGCACCCGAUGAGCCGUCCGACAUCGAGCCCAGCGCCCAAGAUGACGAUCGCGAAAGUCCCUCCGCCCCGGAUGUCUCCAGACUCUAUCUCUCCGGCCGCAACUUCGAUGCCGAAACAAAGGGUCCCAAGCUGGGCUUCGAGCUCAACCCGGCCGAGAACCAAGUGACGCUGGAGGCCAAAGCCGCCGAGUUGGCCGAGCGCACCAAAACCGAAGCUGCUGCUGCCGAGGCUGCUGACAAGCCGUUGGACCUGUUUAAGCUUCAGCCGAAGAAGCCGAACUGGGACUUGAAACGCGAUCUGGACAAGAAGUUGGAAGUACUGAACGUGAGGACGGAGAACGCCAUUGCCCGGCUGGUGAGAGAGAGGAUUGAAAAUGCCCAGAAGGAGGCAAGGAAGAAGGCUGGUGCGAGCACCGGCGAGCUUGAGCCCACAGAUAAGGAUGGCGAGGUAGUCGGCAUGGAAGGCGCCAUGUUGGCUGAGGCCAUGCGCGAAAGAGAGAGGGAAGACGAGGCAGAGAGGGAAAGGGAGAAGGGAGAUGAAGAGUUGGUCUGA